AUGCCCUCAUGUUGCAGAGGAGUCACACCACGCGUCAUAUUCACAUAUCAUUUGAUCCCUCUCUUAUUAUUUCAACCAACCCCCAUUCCUGAAUCUAACUGCUCAAAUAUGUCUCCGUCAUCUUCAAAGCGGACACUCUCAGCAACAUGUCUGUGCCAAAACUCUACUCUCACGUUCACCGUAUCGGCCACCUCCCUUCCCCUCCCAACGCACUUCUGUCACUGCAGCAUCUGCCGUCAUACCCAUGGCACACUCUCCACUAUUCACGCUCCCAUUCCCACUCCAGUCGUUAAUUUCACUACACUCACCGCGUACGCAUCGUCUUCUCGCGUGGUUCGCUAUUUCUGCAGCACGUGUGGGGCGCAUAUGUUAGACAGGGCUACAGAAAUGGAACAAGAAGAUGGGGAUGGGGGAGAGGGGCAGUGGUACGUUGCCGCUAGUCUAGUCGAUGCCGAGGAGGUUACUUGGAAUCUUCAUUCUCAUAUGAACUUAGCAAGCACCCUGGAUGGAGGCAUGAGCAUUUGGCUUGAAGAGAUCAACGGAAAGAAACUCGGAAAAUGGAAGGGCUCCAUCCAAGCGCAGUGGAUUGAAACCGGUGAUUGGGUACCGGCAGCGUCUACUACAAUUGCAUCCAUGAAAGGACCUAAAGAUGACGACAGGCUUUACGCGCACUGUCACUGCCGAGGCGUCGAAUUCUACAUAUCUCGCCCCGGCCCUAACUCUUUCGACCACCUGCCGCAAAGUCUAACCCCAAAGGAUAAAACCAAAUGGUAUGCCUCUUCUGAUGUAUGCACAUCUUGCCGCCUGUGCUCCUCCUCCUUUUUAACUUCCUGGAUGUUUACAUCUACCGCUUCCCUCCGCCUCCCGGACGGCUCGCCAUAUAAACAUGUCUUCGGCACCACCAAAGUCUAUGAAAGCUCUCCCGGUGUUAUGAGGACGUUUUGCGGAAAGUGCGGGGCGCUGGUCGUGUACGCUUGCGUUGAGAGAUCGCAGAUGGUCGACAUCGGGGUUGGGUUAUUGGAUACAGAGAGCGGGGCAAGAGCGGAGGAUUGGCUGGAGUGGAGGACCCAUAAGGUCAGCUUCGAAGAGGAUGCGGUGUGGAAAGGUGCAGUUGAAGCGCUCAAAGAAGGGUUGAGGAGGUGGGGUGAAGGAGAGGGCCAGGAGAAAGUGACGGUGUAA